UAAACUUAGACAGAAGGAGUUCGUAUAAAUCGUAUACUAAGCACGGAUACACGGUACACCUAGUUUUCGUAUAAUAACUACUCGUAUAAUUGUAUUAUAAGUCAAAUUUGUAGUAGACCUCCUGACAUUCCAGAGAAUUCUCUGUCUCGAUCAACCAACAACCAUGUCAGCCACUUCCAACACCGACGAUGAAAUAACAGCCAUAACAGAACAAAGACUGGAAUUAACCAACGCAAAAACCCUAGAAUCCGACUUAGAUUUCGCCUUCAAUCUCCAAUUAGAGGAAGCCUUAACCGCUUCUCUCUCUCUCCUCCCUUCUACCUCCUCUUCUUCUCCUCUUCCUCUUCCAGAAGCUUCUUCAUCCAACAACAAUGGCGACGAACUCAAGUUCGCAGAUAUUCAGAGUGAAGAACUCGAAAAACUUGAACAAGAACACCGAGACCAUGAAUUCUGUGAAAUUGAGGCUAAGAAAUUACGAGAUGAUCUUAAUCGUCGAAUUCACGACCAGAAACUUGCUCUUGAGAUUACUCGUUUGCCUGAAGAUCAUUGGGAUGAAUUUGGUGAUGAGUUCGAAAGGCCUUUCGAUGAAGGUUCCUCGUCUUCUUCUGUCGCCUCUCCGAUUUUCAGGUUGUAUUUUAAGGGCUUAGUGGAGGUAGAACAAGUAGGAAAUACUGAGGCUACACUAGCUGGCAUUGGAGUUGCAAUUUGUGAUCCAAGGGAAAACUUGAUUUUUGAGUUGAGCAAGCCUUUGGUGGGGAAUGGAAAGAGUCGUCGAAUAACUCAGAUCAAGGCUUUAAUUGAAGGUCUUGAAACUGCUCGUGCACUGGAUUUGAAGCGCAUCAUUAUCUUUUGUGACAACCUUCCUGUUUACCGUUAUGCUAUGCAUGCAUGGCAACCAAAACAGAGGAAGGUAGUUAAUUUAAUGGCAAAAGUAGAAUUUCUUCGAAAGGAAUUUACCUACUAUCGUCUUUGCCUUGUUUCCCGAAAUGUUAUAAAGUUUGCAUUCAAGCUUGCUAGAGAUGCUAUCACUUCUCAGAUCUCCAAACCUACCGAGCCUAACCGUCUCAAGAUUUUGAAGGAGACUUGUGUGAUCUGCUUGGAAGAGACAGAUCAGGAUAAAAUGUUCACUAUUGAUAGUUGUCUGCAUAAAUAUUGUUUCUCUUGUAUGAAGCAGCAUGUGGAAGCAAAGUUACAUAAUGGGAUGGUACCAAAAUGCCCUCAUGAAAGUUGCAAGUAUGAGCUAAAUGUUAGUAGCUGUGAAAAGUUCUUGACGCCUAAGCUAAUUGAAAUUAUGAAACAACGAGUUAGAGAAGCAUCGAUACCUGUUGCUGAAAAGGUAUAUUGCCCUUACCCUAGGUGCUCAGUAUUGAUGUCAAGAGCUGAGAUUAACGACUUUGCAAGGAAAGAAAAUGUUAAUAGAAGAAUAUCUGGAGCCAGAAAAUGCUUAAAAUGUCAUGAGCUCUUUUGCAUCUAUUGUAGAGUGCCAUGGCAUAAUAAUAUGUCCUGUUUAGAGUAUAAGAGAUCAAAUCCAAAUCUGCAGCCUGAAGAUGCAAAGCUUAAGUCACUUGCAACUAAAAAUUUGUGGCGCCAAUGUGUGAAAUGCAAACAUAUGAUUGAACUUGCUCAAGGUUGCUACCACAUGACAUGCAGAUGUGGGUUUGAAUUUUGCUAUACAUGUGGAGCCGAGUGGAAGAACAAGAAGGCUACAUGUUCAUGUCCACUUUGGAAUGAAAGGAAUAUUAUGUAUGAUGACUCAGAUUUUGACGAUGAUGAUGAAGAAGAUUACGAUGAAGAUGAAUAUUACUCUGAAUCUGGCUCUGACUCGGAUUAGUAACUGCGUAGGAAGAUAACAGCAUUCAUCUUCAUUUUUGUUUAUAAAAUUGUUUUCAUAGUCUAAGCAUUAAAAACUGCUAACUGCAUCCCCUCUCCCAAUCUCUGUCACAUAUUAUUAUGUCUUCUGAGCACUUGAGCAAACUCCAAUCAUUCUGGUUCCUUCCUUUGUGUUUUUGUCUGUCACUAACUGUUGUGUUUUUGUUAAACUUGUUAAACUCUGAUCAAUUAAGCUCCACUUGAACUAUUA